AUGACAGUCUCUUACACAUUGAAAGUUGCCAACUCCCGUUUCGGGGGUUUCUCCAAGCUGCUUUUCCGCUGGAAAGGCAGCAUCUACAAGCUGCUGUACAAGGAGUUCAUCGUCUUUGUGGUGCUGUAUGCUCUGCUCAGCCUCAUCUACCGGCAGCUGCUGACCGAGGAGCAGAAGCGCCUCUAUACCAAAGUGGCUCAAUACUGCAACCGCUCCACGGACCUCAUCCCCAUGUCAUUUGUCCUAGGUUUUUACGUCACCCUGAUCGUGAACCGGUGGUGGGCUCAGUACACCAGCAUCCCCCUGCCUGACCAGCUCAUGUGCGUCAUCUCCAGCAACGUCCAUGGCAAGGAUGAGAGGGGUCGGAUCCUGCGGCGCACCCUCAUCCGCUACGCCAACCUCUCGUCAGUCCUCAUCCUGCGCUCCGUCAGCACCAGAGUGCUCAAGCGCUUCCCCACCAUGGACCACGUGGUGGAAGCGGGCUUUAUGACACAGGAUGAGCGCAAGAAGUUUGACAGCCUCCACUCCGACUUCAACAAGUAUUGGAUCCCCUGCGUGUGGUUCACUAACCUGGCAGCCGAGGCCAGGCGGGGCGGCCGCAUCCNGCAAAGUCUGAGUUACCGCUUCCUUGUCUUCUCUGCCCAGGAGCUGAACCUCUACCGGGCCAAGUGCAGCAUGUUGUUCCAUUAUGACUGGAUCAGCAUCCCCCUGGUGUACACGCAGGUGGUCACCAUUGCCGUCUACUCCUUCUUUGCCUUCUGCCUCAUCGGACGGCAGUUCCUGGAGCCACUGGACCCUGGGCAGGAGGCAGACCUGGACAUGUACAUCCCCCUUUCCACCCUCCUCCAGUUCUUCUUCUAUGCUGGCUGGCUGAAGGUUGCUGAGCAGAUCAUUAACCCCUUCGGAGAAGACGAUGAUGACUUUGAGACCAACAAGCUGAUAGACAGGAACCUGCAGGUGUCCCUGCUCUCUGUGGAUGACAUGUACCAGAACCUGCCCCCUGCUGUGAAGGACAAAUACUGGAACGAAUCCACAGCUCAGCCCCCCUACACCACGGCCACAGCCGCCGAGACCCUGAAGCCUUCAUUCCUGGGCUCCACCUUUGACAUGCGUGUGUGCGAUGACAUGGAGCAGAGCCAGCCGGCCGAGGCCUCACCGAGCGUGCCACGCACCCAGACGCCCCUGCUCAGCCGCUUCAUCACUGCUGCAUCCCCUGCCAUCAGCAUCAAAAACUUCGGCUGGGGAAGCCGAGGUCACCCCCACCUGCGGCGUAAUCGUGCAGAUGGUGGCUUCCCGUCCCCUUACCCCAACCGCUCUGAGGACCCCGAGUCCGUGGCCCGCAUCGAGGAGGAGGAGACAGAGGAUGAGGAGAGCCAGGCAAGUGAGCCCACCACACCUGGUGGUCGCAGAGGGGGAAACCAGCUGCUGGUGGCCUCUGAAACACAGACAAAGGAGCUGCCACUGAUCCAGGUGAAGGCAUCAUCCAGUGACAGCAUUGGGACUGACCGGCCAGAGGCCUGGGAGCCCUGA